AUGGUAAUGUACUAAAGCCAGAGGCUGGCCUAUAUAUACAUUUUAAGCUAUGUUUAGGGUUGCUGGUUUAAAUGGAGGUCUGAUGGGACAUCAAGGAGGCUGGAAACAUGAUUGGAAGCAUGAUUGGAAACAUGGUUGGAAGCAGGACACGGAGUCGGACUGGAAACAAGACUGGAGACAUGAUGAGGAAAAGUUGAUGGAAUCUACUCUUCUUACAAGUCUACCUGGAGAUACAGGAUUAAGAUGUCGAGGGAAAGGAUCCCCCCACGCCUUAUAUCUGGGAGCUCAGAGAACAAAAAACGAACUCCUCGCUGAAUCUUUGGGUCUACCUAGACAGGAUGUGGACAGUAUAGUGAAUCUACCUAUGGAUGAGUUUUCUUCAUAUGCUCUUCGUCAUAGCUUUACAGAGGAACAGAUGAACAUUCUUAGAGAUAUUAGAAGACGGGGAAAGAACCUAGUUGCAGCGCACAAUUGUAGAAGACGCAAAAUAGACGAAAUUGAUGAGCUUAGAGAAAAGCUAAUGAAGACAAGGCUCCAUGUGGAGCAAUUGAACAGGAAGAAACAAGAAUAUAUGAAAGAGCGGGAUUCUUUGAAAGUUCUGCGAAAAGCUGAGGAAAUAAAUACUCUACAGAGACUAAACCUAGAUAUUGAAAAAUACAGUAUUGAGUAUGACGGAAAAGGCAAUGCUUCAAUUAAGACACGGGAUUUAAAAUGAUAAACAUAGAGAUGAUUAGACUGAACUAAUAUCAAAUCAAGAUAAUAAGAGACAAGCUGAACCAUAGAGACAAGGAACCAUAGGGACAUGAAAACAUAGAUAUGAUUACGGCUCGGUGCAUUGUAAUCAUAAGCUCUAGAUUACAGACGUAUCAAAGUAAACAAAAUUGUUUUAAAAGAUGUAGUUUUUAGAGUUUUGAGUUCAACCAAGGUGUGUAUAACAACAGUUGAAGGAGUUGAAGGUUAGAGGGAAAGAGCUUUUGUACAUAAUGUACUGUGAUGCACUAGGAACUCUUGGAACUAGUUUUAUCACAAUGUCAGAAUGUAAACAAAGGCUAACAAAGGCUGGAGUUUAUUGGGCAGGGUAGGAAGGCUGCAGACUAUGAAUCAUUUUCUUCUUGUUUAUUUAAUUUGAACUUGUUCCUAAGCAGUCCCAAUUACGUUACAGGAAAAUAUGAACGCAACCCCUGUUCCUUCUACCAUCAUAUCAGAUCUUUCAAUUUAACUAAAAUUUUGAACUUUAAGAUAAAGACAUUUUUACACAAAUCUGAUCAUUUUUAUUUUCACUUAAAAAAAUCUUAGGUCAAUUUAUUUGAAAGUAAAUUGCUAGUGAAUUUGUUUUUUAGAGCAUAAAAAUUCUAGAAUUUGAAUUGAGCUUCCAUAUAAAAAACAUAUCUAUAUUUUUCUUUGGACUAUGAAAAAUACUCAUGUAUGCUAUAAAUGAUAUAAUUUGAUGUGUAAAUACUCCAUUAAGCAAUUUAAGUGUUGUUUAUUUAAUUUUAGGUUCACGCAUCUCAACGUUAACGCAUUCCCUUAAAAGUGUUUUGAAUUAUUAACACCGUGUGCUUAUCGAACCCAACCAGGGAUAGAAUUUUAAUAUUUUGAAUUAGGUCGCUAAACUACUUCACGUCGAUUCAUAUAUGACAUGGAAUUGUUGAUUCAACUUUGUUCAUGUCCUAUAUAUGAUAACAUACACUGCAGAAUAAGUAUUUGAAUCGACGAUAGGAAUUCAGCAACCUUUAUCAAAUUCAUUAAAUCCCGUCCUUGAACAUGUAAAAGCUUUCAAGUAAAACAAAAUUAUACAUAUUAAUUGUUUGAAGGGAAAUAAUCUUUUAACGGAACUUUGAAAUAAUUUAACACAAAUGCUUAUGAGAGGAACUGGUGAACGUAUAAAAUGCCUUUUUUUGCUGAAAAAUAGGUGAAUUUUUUAUUAACAUGGGUAUGGUAUGGUAGU